CCAGGAUCCAUGGACUCGGUCAAUGCUUCAGUGGUGUCUGAGUUUGUGUUGUUGGGACUCUCUAGUUCUCAAGAACUACAGCUUUUCUUCUUUGUCUUCUUCUCUACAUUGUAUGUGAUCAUUGUGCUGGGAAACCUUUUCAUUAUCAUCACAGUGACCUCUGACAACAGCCUGCACUCUCCCAUGUACUUCCUCCUGGGAAAUCUCUCUUUUGUGGAUAUCUGUCAGGCUUCUUUUGCCACCCCUAAAAUGAUCUCAGAUUUUCUGAGUGAACAAAAGACCAUCUCCUUCAAUGGCUGUAUAGCACAGAUUUUCUUCAUUCACCUUUUUACCGGAGGGGAGAUGGUAUUACUUGUUUCCAUGGCCUAUGACAGAUACGUAGCCAUAUGCAAACCACUACACUAUGUAGUCAUUAUGAGCCAAAGAACAUGCACCAUCUUGGUAAUGAUAUCUUGGGCUGUGGGCUUGGUACACACAUUAAGCCAAUUAUCUUUUACUGUGAACUUGCCUUUUUGUGGACCCAAUGUAGUAGACAGUUUUUUUUGUGACCUUCCUCGAGUAACUAAACUUGCUUGCUUGGACUCUUACACUAUUGAAAUACUGAUUGUUGUUAACAGUGGAAUUCUCUCCUUAAGUACUUUCUUUCUGUUGGUUGCCUCUUACAUCAUUAUUCUUGUCACUGUCUGGUUUAAAUCUUCUGCUGCAAUGGCCAGAGCAUUUUCUACACUAGCUGCCCAUAUUGCUGUAGUGGUAUUAUUCUUUGGGCCUUGCAUCUUUAUUUAUGUUUGGCCCUUUACCACUUACCCUGUGGAUAAGGUUCUUGCCAUAUUUUACACUGUUUUUACCCCCAUUUUAAAUCCUAUCAUUUACACACUAAGAAACAAGGAUAUGAAGACUGCCAUGAGGAAAAUUUUGACCCAUUACUUGAGGUCAAAGAAGAUCUUUGAAAUGCCACUUGUAGUGAGGAAUUCUUUUUACUAG